AUGGGUGUUCACCAAACUCUGCUGUUAAUCACCGAUGGAGAGACAGAAGAAGAUGUUGAAGCUGUUGCCGAUGAUCUCAGAAACAGUAAAAUAGACGUGUUUGUGAUUGGAGUGGGUAGACUCCAGACUGAUCAACUCCUCAAGAUUGCAGGCAGUAAAGAUAGGUUCUUACCCAUUAACGCAUAUGAAGAACUUACAAAGACGUUGAAGAGGGUGGUUGGGACCGUCUGCUCAAGAUCCGAUGACCCAGACCCUAACCCAGACCCUAACCCAGACCCUAACCCAGACCCAGGAUGUCAUGUGGACAUUGCUGUUGGAUUUGAUAUCACCAGAAUGCCAAACCACCCUCUCUUCAGUGGACAGGUCCAGUUAAAGCAGCGGCUGCCCAAGAUAAUCAGCAAAAUUGCGUCUCUGGAUAACAUAUGCUGCGUUCCUAAUAGCAUCAUUAAGCCAAAGUUCGCCUUCAGUUUAGUCGAUAAAGAGGGAAGAGAGCUGGACUACUUUCCCUUUGAGGAGUACAGCUCAGGGGUGGUGGGAAAAGUGCUGGUCAUUUUCUCAGAUGGUCUUGAUGAGCCAGUGAAAACACUGGAGUUGGAAUCGGACCGUCUAAGAAGUAGUGGAGUAAGCGCACUGGUAACGGUGGCUUUGGAUGGAGUUCAAAAUGCCCAUGAGCUUCAGAUGGUUGAGUUUGGGCGAGGUUUCGGUUACAAGAAGCCCUUUUUCAUCAGGACGUAUAACAUAGAAGAUGCCAUACGGAAAGACAUACAUACAGUGACAGAGAAGGUGUGCUGUGGUGUGAUGUGUACGUGCACUGGCCAAGAUGGUAUGCGAGGACCACGAGGACCACCAGGACCAAAGGGCAUUCCAGGGUCAAAGGGCCAUGCAGGAUAUCCUGGAGAAGAGGGCGGUCCUGGACAGAGAGGACCUACAGGAACAAAUGGAAUUCAUGGAGGACCAGGUUGCGAUGGCAGAAGAGGUCUGAAGGGUACCAGAGGCUACAAUGGUGAUGUGGGCGACGAUGGAGAACAUGGCCUGGAUGGAGUUCAUGGUGAACAGCCUGUCCCUGGGUUGAUUCCUGUCAUCGAGAUGGUUGCUGAGGUGGUCACUGUUCCCAUGGUUCCUGUGACUGAGAUGGUUCCUAAGGAGGUUCCUGUUCCUAUGGUUCCUGAUUCACAGAUGCUUCCUUUUACUGAGAUGGUUCCUUUUACUGAGAUGGUUCCUGUACCUGAGUUGGUUCCUGCCCCUGAGGUGGUUACUGCCCCUGAGGUGGUUACUGUCCCCAUGGCAGUUUUUGUUCCUGAUGCCACAGAGGCAGUAUCUGCCUUUGGGUCUCCAGUUCCUGAGCCCAAGCCCAUUGCCACGCCUGCUGCCAAGUCGGCUGUUGCCACACCUGCUGGCCGGAGGGGUUCCGGCUUCACCACAGACCUCCUGACCGGUCCUCAGGGGGGUUUCGUCUUCACCAUCGGUGCCGUCUCGUUCCAUCCUCAAGAGUGUCCACCUGCCUGUCCUGUCUCUGGACUGUCCUCCCGAGGGCCCCCGCCUAUCCGCCUCUGGGGACAUAGGGGGCCCAUAGGUCAGCCAGGACCAAUUGGUAACCCUGGUUCUCCUGGACUUCAGGAACUACAGGUCCCCAAGGAUCCAGAGGAGGUCCAGGACAGAAGGGAAAGAAGGGUCAACAAGGAGACUCUGGAGUUAAAGGACCCAUUGGAUCAGUGGGCCCUAGAGGACCCCCGGGACGGGAUGGUAGUCGUGGCGACGGACCUCCUGGACCAAAAGGACCAAAGGGCAAUGCUGGCAACAGUGGUCCCCAAGGUGACCCCGGAACUCCAGGACUAUCUGGGCACAGGUAUGGGUCACAAGGACUGCCCAGCCUACCCCACUGAGCUGGUAAUAGCCCUCGACAUGUCCGAGGACGUGACCGCUGAGGUGUUUGAAAGGAUGCGUGCCACUGUCCAUCAUUUACUGGAGGACAUCUCCAUUGCUGAGAGCAACUGCCCCAGGGGCGCACGGGUGGCAGUUGUCUCCUUCAGCUCCAGUGUCAAGUACCUGAUUCGGUUCUCAGACUACCAACGUAAGAAGCAUCUCCUCACCGAGGUGAACAACAUUGCCCUCGAACGCACGUCCAGCCGCCGCAACAUUGGGGCGGCCAUGCGCUUCGUGGCCAGACAUGUCUUUAAACGCACGAGAAAGGGCCUGCUGAUGCGGAAGGUGGCAGUCUUCAUCACCAACGGGGCCUCUCAGGAUGUCGACGCAAUUAACACCGCUGUCCUGGAGAUUAAAGCCCACGACAUUCACCCUGCUGUCAUCUCCUUCAAGAAUGUCCCUAAUGUCUUAAAGGCUUUAGAGGCUGAUGAAACCCACAGCUUUGUAGUGAAACUGGUGGAGAGUGAUCAAGAACUGAAACCGCAGUUGAGUCAGGUGCAAAAAUGUAUAAUAUGCUAUGAUCCUUGUAAAAAAGAAUCCAGCUGUUCCAAUGUGAACAAAGCUCCAGCUCCUAUCCAAGACGACCUGGAUCUGGCUGUGUUGGUGGACGGGUCACGCAAUGUACGAGCAGACCAGUAUGAGGGCAUGAAGGAGCUGCUGGGUUCAGUGAUAGAGCAGAUAGCUGUGAGCAGUCAGCCAUCCAGGUCUGAUAAGCAGGCCAGGGUUGCCCUGUAUCAGCAGGUCCCCAGCUCAUAUGCACCCACGGCAGGACAGGUUCCUGUCCAACAGGAGUUUGACUUCAUGAGGUAUAAGGACAGCGGUUUAAUGAAAAACCACAUUUUCCAGAGUAUGCAGCAGCUUGGUGGGUCCUCUGGGUUGGGAUAUGCCCUGGAGUGGGUCAUCACAAGAAGCCUCCUGACAGCCACAAAGUCACGGAAGAACAAAAUGGUGCUGGCCAUUGUUGGUGGGGAAACGAGCUACUGGGAUAGAGCCCAGCUUGAUUUUGCUGCCAAAUUAGCAAGAUGUCAGGGUGUGGUGUUGUUCACUCUGACUGUUGGGGACAGCUUCAACAGCACUCAAGUGGAGGAACUUGCCAGCCUACCCUUGGAUCAACAUGUGGUCCACCUGGGAGAAGUGAAACGAGGAGAGCAGGAGUACGCCAAGCGCUUCUUGCGAGCCUUCCUGAGCUUCCUUAAGAGGGGAGUGAACACGUACCCUUCCCCAACCAUGAAGCGGAUGUGUCGGGAUUUCCAGGGACAAAUAGAUCAAGGGCAAGGCAGUGCUCUUGAAGCUGCAGAACGCCCUCUUGAAAGUGUCCCUUGGCCAACUUCCAACUCCAACAUGCCAGUUGUGGAGGAAUCCACGGAGGAGGAGGCGGAAAGAGAGGAGCCUACUGACCUGACCGGCCUCGAUCAGACAGGGAACACCCAAACAGGAGAUGGAGCUCAGCAGAGCAUAGGCCGCGGAGACAACGAUGCUCAGUGUGAACUCAGUAUGGACGCCGGCAGAUUUUGUGAAAAGUAUGAGCAGAAGUGGUAUUAUAAUUCAGAGAUUGGUGCAUGCUCACCCUUCUGGUACGGCGGUUGUGACGGUAACAGCAACCAGUUUAGCACGGAAAAUGAAUGCUUCGAGACAUGCGGUGCAUACAACCUAGAUGUACUCCAACAGAAAGAGGAUCCAACAGUAGUGCAAGACGAGUGCACCCUUAGGCAAGAUGAGGGAAGCUGCAGAGAGUUCACUCUGAAGUGGUAUUACGACACAGUGCAAAAUGAAUGCCUUCGCUUCUGGUACGGCGGGUGCAAUGGCAAUGGAAACCGUUUCGAAACCAAAACAGACUGUGAGGCUCGCUGUGUGAGGGCACGUUGAUGGUAGUAAAUGAACCCCUUUAGGAUUUAAACCAAACAAUGACUUGUAUAAUGGACCUUACCCAAAUACCCUUACAAAUGGUGCUAUUCCAAGUGUGUGUAGUUUUACUGGUCAUUGUUACAGUUGUAGUAAAUAAUUUCUUUGGACCAUGGGAUUUUGGACAGGUUAACAAGCCUAAGUGACAAGUAAAUGUCUUUCCUCACCUCAACUGAAAAAUGGUGGACCUCCAAUCUUUUAAACAAACUCAAAAAGUACGGGAGGCUGUUCAAUUCAAAUCAGCUCUAACCGUGACGGGCAAUGUAAUGAACUCAUGGUAAAAACAUCAACCUAUGAAUGUCAUUUUAUAAGCUGUCAGCAUCUCCACCGUGUCAGUGUAUUUACUUUUUUGUCAGUGUUCUAUGACUGACUGUUAACUGCUGUUUUUCAUGUCAUCUGAAACAUAAAAAGUGCACUUAUGUACUUUUGUAGAGACACAUUCAGAAAUAAUGUAGAGGUAACAAGCAAUUAAACCAAACAGCAAUACAGGUAAUACAGCAAUACAUGUUUGGUUUAUUACAAAGCAAGUCGAAAUGCUUUAAAUAAAUCUGUAGGUUGUACAUAUGGAGUUGUGAAAUUGUGGAAACAUUUCAUCUAGUGAGAUAAUUUGGUGCUGAUUGAAUGUGCUCUUGCUUCUGCUCUGCUGAUCUGAUUGAUUAAAAGAAAACAAUUAAAGAAUCAAAAGGAUGGCAUCACGUCCUAAUUCAUCAUACAGUACGUUUGAAAGGGUCAGAUUUAGGUACGAAAGGACCUCACCGUGAGCAGUGCCAAGAAAAUCACUCUUCCUUCCUUUGUUACUCUAUAACUGCCAGUUUUGAGAAUAAAAGCUUAAAACUC